CCUCCUCCCGUUUUAUCUUCUCAUCCCUCCCCGUUUAAUAUCACCCUUCCUUUCUCAUAAUUCUUUCCUUCGUUUCAUAUUCUCUUUUUUCUUUCAAAAUUCAAAGAUCUUGCAAAUCUCUUUUCAAACGCAAAUUAAAGGAAACUAUUCAGUUCUUGAAGAAAAAUACAAGAUGGCGGAGGAGCAUAGAUGCCAAGCGCCGGAAGGCCACCGUCUUUGCGCUAAUAACUGCGGUUUCGUAGGAAGUCCGGCCACGAUGAACCUUUGCUCUAAAUGUUACAGAGAUUUCCGUCUUAAAGAACAACAACAAGCUUCUUCCGCUAAAUCAUCUAUCUCUGCCUCUCCUUCGUCUUCAUCAAAGGUCGUCGAAUCCGUUUCUCAGGUACCUCUUCUGACUCUCCCUGAGGUAAAAGGAGUUUUGCCGGUUUCUGCUGUCGCAAUUUCCCCGGUGGAGGAACAGAAGCAGCUGCAACAGCCAAAUCGGUGCAUGGUUUGCAGGAAACGGGUAGGGUUGACGGGGUUCAAGUGCAAGUGCGGGAUUACGUUUUGCGGGUCUCACAGGUACCCGGAGAUUCACGGAUGUACGUUCGAUUUCAAGAAGGCUGGGAGAGAGGAGAUCGCACGCUCUAAUCCUGUGGUCAAAGCAGAGAAGCUCGUGAAGGUAUGAGAAGAAGAUGGAACCGUUGGAUCCUUUGACUUUUAAUGAGAAACAUAAGUAAAAAUUGUCAAAUUGGUUAAGAU